UUGUUUUUCAAACCUGAACUAGUAAAACUCGCCUUUACUCUCUAUUUCUCUCUCUUCUGUGACGGAAAUUGAAACCCUAGCUAUACGGAAAAACUGGAAAAUCUCAAAUUAGUUGUGAAAUCGUUAAAUCAAAUUGGGGAAAACGCUGGAAACAGAUUAGAUUGAUGCCCUAAUGUCGUACCAACGACGUUGAUUUUCGAGAAGUGAAAUGAUGCGUAAGAUUUUUUAUGUGGCAGAUCUGAAAUUUUUUUGUGCGGAUAUGAAUGGUGAGCAUGUAGGUUGGGGAAUUUGGGGUUACAGUUAGUAGAUUGAUUGCAUGUUAAUGGAAGAUAGAGAAGAAAAGUGUCAUGGUACUGAAAAUGCUGAGAAGUCUAUGUCAUUGGAUUUGCAAAGUGCGAACAGUAAGAAAAAUUUGGUUUCAGGCCUUUCGACUGUUACCAAGCGCGGUUCCAGAAACCGUUGUGGUGGGAGUAAUAGUGUUAAUUCUUUGAAAAGAAAAAUUAUUACUAAAAAUCAAAACGAGAGUAGGAAGAAGAGUAAGAAGGAGGUUUUAUUGAGUAGUUUGCCAUUGCGAGGGAAUAAUAAGAAGAGUGAUGAUGAUGUGUUGAAGUUUCAAGUGAAUUCGGGGUCGAUUGAUAUAGGGAAAGCAAAGGUGCAGGAGAAUGUGGAAGUGGAUGUUAGUAAUGGUGCUUUAGGUGGAAUUUCUUCCAGCUUGAAUGGUAAGAUUAAUAUACCUAAGCGGCCUCGAGGUUUGGUUAGAAGAAAGAAGGUUGAGGUUGGUUUUUCCUCCAAGCAGGAAGGAACAUUUUCUGAUAAAUUUUCUUUAGUUGAUAGAGGUAAAGUGAAUGGCAAUGCAGAUGCUAAUUUAAUGAAAAAUGACAUAGGUAAUGGGAAAUUGGCUCAGGGUGGUGAAUCUGAGGGUACCUCUAAUGGUGCUGUCAUAGAGAAUCGGAAAAAAAAGAAUUCGUAUGACCAGAAAGAAAGUAGAUCUGAUAGCCCUGACUUGCUCCGGCAUCUGAAGAGAGAUGCUUCUCAUUCCUCUCUACAUAAUGGUGAGUCAGUAGCAAAAAAAGCUAGAAGAAAUGUCAAGAAAAACAAAGAAACCAGAAACAAAAGUCCUAUGCCGAUUGUGGAAGCUAAGCAGUCCAUGGAUGAGUCGAAUAGGAAUUGUGAUGAUUCUCAAGAUGACGAAGAGAAUCUUGAGGCAAAUGCAGCAAGGAUGCUCUCAUCUCGCUUUGAUCCAAGCUGCAUGGGGCAUUCCACUGGAGGCAAGAGAUCUAAAGUUCCCUCUUCUAAUGGGUUGUCGGCCUUGAUCUCGUCCAAUAAGAGUUUAGUCAUUGAACAUCCUAAUUCCAUAGAGGAGUUUGAUAUUGCAUCCAGUGAUGCUGAAGCCAGAGCUCUACCAAAGGAUCAACCAAAAGUCAAGAGGUUUUCAAGAAAUCAGCCUUAUUUUUAUGAGGUAUCUGGAGAAUUUGAUUCCUUUUGGGUACUGAACCGAAGGAUCAAGAUCUUUUGGCCAUCCGACCAGAGCUGGUAUCUUGGUUAUGUCGUUGGUUACAAUGUGGAAAAUAAACUUCAUCAUGUUAAAUAUGAUGAUCGUGAGGAGGAAUUGAUUGAUCUUCAACGUGCAAGGUUCAAGCUUUUGCUGUUGCCUAAUGAGGUGCCUGGCAAGGAUGGGAGGAAAAGGGAAAAUGCUUAUUUACAAAAGAGGAAGCAUGAUGAAGCAUCCCAUGUGGAGGAGGAGCCAAAUGGGAACUGUAUGGAGACUGAGCCUAUUAGUUUAUGGUUGGCUCGGUCAACUCAUCGCAAAUCACCACAUAGUAAAGCAAAGAAGAAAAAGAGAACCAUGGUAAAAUCCCAAUCAUCUUCCUUUUCUGGAGUGAAGUUUGAGCCACCGGAAAAGUUGGAAGCAGGUUCUUCUGGGCACAAUGUUGAUCACUCUACUUGUGUUCCUGCAUUGUCAAAUAUCACUGGAGAAGGUGAGAAUAAGCUGAUCAAAGAGAACGUUCUUAACAAUAGAACUUUAAAAGUUUAUAUUAGGAGGCGAUUUCACAGGAGAAAAGAGUCACCAUCAAGUGUUCUUGAAGGGUGCCAAGUGUCAGUGAAGCCGCAGCUUGGUAAGGCACCUAAUUUUGUUGAUUCUAUAGAACCUGAGGUUGACAGGCUGUUCUGGAUUGGUGGAUGUGGUGACUCUGCAGGAAAAAUGAGUAAUGACGAGGUCAUUUGGGACACCGACUGUUCUGGACUUCUGAAGCUGGUUAUCCCAGUUACAAGUAUGAAAGUCUUUAAGUUUGAUUUGAGCUUCCAAUUGCCUGUUGUUGACAGCAUUAUGGUUGGAUGGCCGCGUCACAUGUUCAUGCUUCAACAUGGUACUUUGAUCUCUGCAUGGCCUAUCAUCCAUCUGGAGAUACUGUUUGUUGACAAUAUAGAUGGUUUGCGGUUUCUGUUGUUUGAAGGUUGCAUGAAGCAGGCAGUAGCUUUUGUUUUCUUAGUUUUGGCUGCAUUUUAUCAACCUGGGCAGAAAGAAUGGCAUGAUGACCAGCAGCUUCCUAUGACCUCCAUCAGGUUCCGGUUUUGUGGGUUUCAAUGUCUAGCAAAUCAGCUUGUGUUCACAAUUUACAACUUCUCUGAGGUAGCAGAUUCCAUGUGGCUAUAUCUGGACAGAAAACUGAUUAAGCGCUGCAUACUCUCUAAGCAACUGCUGCCAUCUGAUUGCACUUAUGACAACAUUAAGUCACUUCGUAAGGGUUGUAAUCUGUUGAGAUUGACUAAUGUUAGCCAGAAGCCCUCUUCAGUGUUUAACCUAAAGGAAAACUCUAGGCAUUGUGGAACGAGCAUUUCUUCCAGGCAGUCUGCUUGUGUCAAGUUGAGCCGAUUAGAUUGUGAUAGCGUCAAAAAACUUGGAAGUCUUCCUCCAUUUGCUCUCUCAUUUUCUGCUACGCCUAAAUUGUUUCUUGGUCUGCACUUAAGGUUGCUAAUGGAACAAAGUAUUCCUUCCUCAAGCUUUAGAGAACUUGAUCCUUUAUGUUUGAUAGAUCAUCCAGAUUGUGAGGCUACUGCUUUGUCUUCACUUCCUAUAGGAGGCAAUUCACCUGUUGUGCUUGAUGGUAGAUCUGAGUGGGAUUCAUGUUCAGGCGUUGAUCUUGGGGUCAAAAUUUCUUCGUCUGACCCUGCUGAAGGAACAACCACUAAGCCUUCCUGUGGCCCUCAAGAUUUUGUUACAAAUGAUGAGGUGCUUCCUCUGGGUAAAGGGAAAGCUCAGCUUACUGGGAGUGACGACGGUGCACUGCCUUUAGUCUCUGAUAGCCAUCUUUGUAAAGUUGAUGACAAGGGGAAAGGUAGUCAUCUGAAUGGUUUGACAGUUGAGAUUCAGUCAUUUGUUCCUGACGAAAGGGUUACCCAAAAAACUAUUGAUUCCUCAUUGGAUACCAAUGAUAAAGUGUGCAGGCUAAACCCCACUGUUUCCCGAAGUAUGUUAGGAAAGACUGGAAUUAGUAAUUUCUGCUCUUCCCCUUCCUCCCCAGGUUGGGUUGACAGGAAACAAGACUUUCUUCGCCGUGGCUUUAGCAGUGGACCUAAGAAGCGACGAACUCAGGUUUCAUAUUCUCUGCCAUGUGGAGGACAGGACUACAGCCCUAAAAACAAAUUUCAGCAAUCAAGAGGUUUAUUUCCUAAACGCAUCAGAAGAGCUAGUGAGAAGAAAACAUCUGAAGCUAAGGGUACUUCUCAAAGAAAUAUGGAAUUGUUGUCUUGUGGAGCAAACCUUUUGGUGAAUGUGGGGGAUCGUGGGUGGCGAGAAUGUGGGGCAAUGAUUGUGCUGGAGCUUUUGGAACACAAUGAAUGGAGGCUUGCUGUGAAAAUUUCUGGUAACACAAGAUAUUCUUACAAAGCGCAUCAGUUUGUGCAACCUGGAACAACAAAUCGUUAUACUCAUGCUAUGAUGUGGAAAGGUGGAAAGGAUUGGAUUUUAGAGUUUCCCGACCGGUCCCAGUGGACAAUUUUCAAAGAGAUGCAUGAAGAAUGCUAUAAUAGAAAUUUUCGUGCUUCUUUAGUGAAAAAUAUUCCCAUUCCUGGGGUUCGUGAGGUUGAAGAACUUGACAAUAAUGUUUCCGAAGUACCAUACAUUCGGCCUUCACCCAAAUACUAUCAGCAGAUGGAAAAUGAUAUUGAAAUUGCUAUGGAUCCAUCCCGUGCCUUGUACGACAUGGACAGUGAUGAUGAGCAAUGGAUAAAACACAGAGAUUCAGAUUUGAAAGAAAGGGGCUGCGAGCAUUUGUCUGAUGAGAUAUUUGAGAAGACAAUUGAUGUGCUUGAGAAAAUGGCUUAUGCCAAACAACGUGAUCACUUCACUGUGGACGAGUUAGAGGAAGCUUUGGCUAAGGUUGGGCCAUUGGAAGCAAUUAAACUUAUCUAUGAGCAUUGGAGGGUAAAACGACAGAGGAAGGGAAUGCCUUUAGUUCGGCAUCUACAGCCUCCUCUCUGGGAAAAAUAUCAGCGGCAAGUGAAAGAAUGGGAGAUGUUGAUGGCAAAUGGCAACUUGCCCCUUUCUAGUGGGUGUCCAGAAAAACCCUUAAACGUCGAUAAACCUCCAAUGUUUGCAUUCUGUUUGAAACCUCGAGGAUUGGAGGUGCCAAAUAGAGGGUCAAAACAGAGGUCGCAGAAGAAACUUCCAGUUGGUGCGCUGAUCAAUGGAGUCGCUGGAGAUGGAGAUGCUUUCCAUUCUUUAGUUGGACGGAGAUUAAAUGGGUUUCCUUUACCAGAUGACAGAUUUUGCUACACUGCCUACAAUCAAGGGACGUCUGAUUCUUCUCCAAUCCUUCAGGCAUCAACAAGGGUGUUCUCUCCCAGUGAUUCUGGUUCUCUGGGCUACUUUUCUCUGAGCAGUGAUGGGUAUGAGAGGAGUCACUACCCAAAACUUUAUAGAAGUAAGCUGAAGGACCAGCCAUGUUUUGCUUCAUACGGCCAGAGCACUCCAAGCAAGCGGGGUUUAGUUCAUUCAUGGAACUCCCCCGAGUGGCCAAGUCGCAUGCAUUAUCAACCUGAUGGGUUUCAAAUUCCAAGGCAUAACUUUGAGAAGCUGGAUCCAUCUGAGCUUGACGAGUUUAGGCUGCGUGAUGCAUCAAGUGCUGCACGACAUGCUGCCACUAUGGCUAGAAUGAAGAAGGAUAAUGCUCGGAGAAUGCUUUGUAGAGCAGAUCUGGCAAUGCACAAGGCAGUGUCUGCUAUAAUGACUGCGGAUGCAGUUAAAGCUUCACGUAGGGAGCUGCCUGAUAUUGAUGUUCAGAUGAGUGGGUGAAACCCGUUUUUGAUUUGAAGAGCUUGCCUUAUACAUGGAUUUUUACUCUAAUGAAUCAGGGGAUGGAAUCUGUUGAUCGCGGAAAAGAAGGUCUGACUUAUUCUCCUGAUGACUGGAAUUUGUAGAUACAGAAGUCUUCUAACAUGCUCUGAGCUGACUCAGACGAGUGUGUGAAACUUGUUCUUUAGCUGAGUGACACCAGGCCUUUCAGCUCACUAGAUUUAUUUCAAGGCGGUAUCCAUUGGUGGAUUUAUAUUAGUAUUACUGCGCUUGUGGUGUUCUCGUUUGGCUAAAUAGUCGUCCUGUUUUUACAGGUAACAGGUGCAUGAAAAUUUUGUUGCCCUUGUACAGAAAUUCCCCUCCUCCCUUUUCUACAGUUUCUCCUAUAACCAUUAGUUUAGCAUUAAAGGAGAGUGCUAAAUAAUAUAGAAUACACUCCUUGUGAUGUUAGAACGUCUGAUUGAAUUUCUUCAAGCGGUUAUCCUAUGAUCCAGGGCAUUUUAUAGGAAAUAGAUAUUCAGAGGGUAGAGAAUUGUAAGUAUAUGCUACAAAAGUGAAAAAAAAAGUGAGAAGCCUCACAUCUAUUGCUUCUCUUUCCAUCAUCUUCAUUUUGCAGCUUUCAGUGUUUUUUUUAUUUAUAUUUUAUUAAUUUUCCGGUUUUCCAGAAAAAUGAGUUUGUGUGUGAAUCUGAGCCCAAAGAAGUCGUUUUUGUUUGGGUCAGAGGCCUGGUAGGCAGUGCACAGCCAUUUCAUGUAUUGUGUUGGUAAGCAUUCAUGAAGUUGUAAGUUUCGUGUAUUGUCUUGUUUCAGCAUUGUUGUAGUUUAGACGUGUUGAGCAGGUUAGAGGUCAUGAUCCGUUUAUGUACUCUGUCUGUUGGUGGUGGAUUAUAUUUAGAUCAUUCUUGCUUUUUC